AGCAGGUGGCCUUUCUAACACAGACUAGCCAAGUCCUGGGCACUGGACAUUCCCGGAAAGCUCAGCGCAUGAAGGUCUCCAUGGAAACGUCUGUCACGGCCACGUUGAAAGGGUUCUAGAGAUGAGGUCACCCAUGAACAACAACCAUGGAGGGGAACAUGAUUACAACAGCGGGGACCGGAACCGGAGCUCACUCUGUAACCAUGGUAACAGGUCCCACUGGCACCCCGGACCUCCAGGUUCUGACCCACAGAGUGAAGCUUCUAGAGCACAGCCUGAGAGACAACGUCAGCUCCUUCACUGAGUCUGAGAGCGCUCUGCACAGCAGGAUUAGAGAGUUGGAGGUGUCAGAACAGAGCCUGCUACAGAAGGUGGAGGACCUUACUUCCAACUCAGUCCUCCACUGCCCCAGCAUGCUGCAGCGCCAGAGGCUGGAUGAGCGGCUCCACACGCUGAGGGAGGAGGUACGCUCCAUGUCCCAGGAGAAGGAGCGUGGGGAUCGUGUGUGGAGGGAGAGGCUGCGGCGCUGCCAGGCCCAGCUCAGGGCUAAAGAAGAGGAGAUGGGCCGCCAGUCUCAGUACUUUGAGCACUUUAAGAGCCAGCUGCACCACAAGCUAGGCCUGGCCAGAGACAGAGAGCAGGGCCUGCAGACCAGACUCCACCAGAUGGAGCGACCGGUGCUGGAGAUGAAUGUAUCUGCUGCCACCUACAUAGCCCCUGUCAACACAGCUAGCACCAACUCUGUUACUGCAGACAAUGUCAAGUCCAUCAUGGUACCAACCUCAGGCCAACAGAGAACAGAGACAGAGAGACUGCCCCACCCAAGGGAGGAAGGAGAAGGAGAGGAGGAGGACGGUGAGGAGAAGACACAGCGGAGACACUACGGACAACAGCUCCAGCAGAAGCAGGGAGCGAAUGAUAGAGAAAUAGAGGGAGAAAGAGAGGGGGAGGAAGGGGAAGAUGGUGAGAGUCUGGGGGGUGAGGCUAGACUGAGAAGCUUCAUCCUCAGCCUCCAGGAGGACCUCAGGGUUCUGCUGGAGAGGGAGGAGCAGGGGCUGGCGGAGCAGAGGGGGCUGAUGGAACAGUUGGAGGAAGCGCAGGAGAACAACCACUUCUUGUCCUGUACGUUGGAGGAGAUGAAGACGGUGGUCCACAGACUGAAGCUGACAGAGAGCUCCCUGAUGGAGGAGGUGGAGGAGCUGCAAGAGGAGAACCAGAGACUGUGUCAGAGGCUCAGCCACACUCUGAGACAGACCAACCACAGCCUGGGUUCUACUGACCCGAGCCCUGUCUCUACCCCCAGCCUGGCUACCUCCCUGCCAAACACCCCUGGCCUGGGUCAACCAGUUCCCUGCUCUGUGAACAACACUGACCCGGUGAAGAUGAUCCCAGGCCAGGCUUCACUAGACACACACCCCUCUGCUCAACACCAUGGAGCAACAGAGAGGUCGCAGGAAAACUCCACUCUGCCUCUGCCCCAGCCGGACCUCCUGAACCUCUCAGGCCACCGUAGCCAGAACCCCGGCCUCAUAUCCCUGGGUACUAAGAGCGUUGAGGGUCUGGGGGAGUUGACCCUGAGGGACUGGUGUCCUGGUCCUGGGGGCUUCCCCUCUCUCAACCUGGAGGAGGGGACAAGCGAGGAGACUGAGGCCCUGAAAGAGGCUUACAGGAGCAUGGGGGGCGACAUGGACUCACUCCGGGACCACAGGGACCAGCUGGAGAGCACUCUACGACACACACAGGACCAGCUGCACAGGGUGACCGAUGAGAACGCCCGACUGAAAUGUAAACUCAGGGCGCAGGGAGAAACAGGGGCCUGCGAGGUGGAGCAGGGGUCCUCACUUGUAGGCGAGAGCAUGACAAAUGUCCAGGAAAACAAGGUGUCAACUCUAAACCUCAUACCCCAGAGUUGCAGAGAUCUCACUGCAACUCCAUAUCAGAAUGAUACUAUCCUAGCCUUAGCCCAGGAUGACCUGUCCCUGUAUGCCUUAGCCCAAGAUGACCUAGCCCUAGCCUUGAACCAGGAGAACCGGGCCCUGGGCAGGCGUAUCCAGGAGCUCCUAGCCCACAUAGAGAGCCAGGAGGGGGAGAGUGAGAGGGAGCUAGUCCAGCUCAGGCUGCAAGUGUCCCUGCUAGAGAGGGAGAGCACCAGGCUGGAGCAGGAGAACCUGGAGCAGGGAGGUCUCAUCACUGAGCUGACCAGGAAGACUGAGGAUGACCUCAACACUAUCAUAGAGCUGCAGGAAAGACGGGUCGAGAGCAGUCAGCUAGGCCUACAGCAGGGUGACAGUGGUUUGACCAUUGAGUCAGAGUCAGAGUGCGGUCAACAGGGUGAGCAUGCGGUCGGCUCAGUGCACGCUCAACAGGGUCAACCCACAGUAGGGGUUGUGACCAGUUUACAAGGUGAUCAGACGCCAGGGUCAGUGAAUAGUGGUGUACCACAGGUUGACCACACGGUUGAGUCAGUGUGUAGUCAGCAGGAGGACCGUUUGACCACGGAGUCAACGUGCAGGCUUAGAGAGAAGAGGGACGAGCUGAUUGGCUAUCUCAGUGAUCUCAAAGAGGAAAGAGAACAGGUAGCCCUCUCACUUAGCAGUCAGACAGAGGAGAAACACCAGCUAACACGCUCCAUGUGGGUUCUGAAAGAAGAACGCGACCAGAUCCAUAAGUCACUCUGCAGUUUAAAAGAAGAGAAAGAACAGCUGACAAGGUCCCUCUGUGGUCUGAAAGAUGAGCGAGACAAGGUGACGCGGUCAAUGUGUGGUUUAAAAGAGGAGAGAGACCAGCUGACAAGGUCCCUCUGUGGUCUGAAAGAUGAGAGAGACAAGGUGACGCGGUCAAUGUGUGGUUUAAAAGAGGAGAGAGACCAGCUAGUUCAGUCAAUGUUUGGACUCCAGGAGGAGAGAGACCAGCCAGUUCAGUCAAUGUCUGGACUCCAGGAGGAGAGAGAUCAGCUAGUUCAGUCAAUGUCUGGACUCCAGGAGGAGAGAGACCAGCUAGUUCAGUCAAUGUCUGGACUCCAGGAGGAGAGAGACCAGCUAGUUCAGUCAAUGUCUGGACUCCAGGAGGAGAGAGACCAGCUAGUUCAGUCAAUGUCUGGACUCCAGGAGGAGAGAGACCAGCUAGUUCAGUCAAUGUCUGGACUCCAGGAGGAGAGAGACCAGCUAGUUCAGUCAAUGUCUGGACUCCAGGAGGAGAGAGACCAGCUAGUUCAGUCAAUGUCUGGACUCCAGGAGGAGAGAGACCAGCUAGUUCAGUCAAUGUCUGGACUCCAGGAGGAGAGAGACAAGCACUCGCAGUCUCUCUUCGGCCAAAAAGAUGAGAGAGGCCAGUUGAUGCAGUCAAUGUGUGGUUUAAAGGGACAGCGACACCAGCUAACACAGACACUCAGCCAUCUAGAGCAGGAAAGAGACAAGCUGUCAUCUCUCAGCCUUCAAACACGAGAGCGGUACCAGGUGGACCAGUUUGUCUCUGAUCUAAAAGAAGAGAAAGAGCAGCUAGUUAGGUCAAUGGAUGUUCUGAGAGAACAGAGAGAACAGCUCACAGAGGAGAGAGACCAGCUAGUUCAGUCAAUGUCUGGACUCCAGGAGGAGAGAGACCAGCUAGUUCAGUCAAUGUCUGGACUCCAGGAGGAGAGAGACCAGCUAGUUCAGUCAAUGGAUGUUCUGAGAGAACAGAGAGAACAGCUCACAGAGGAGAGAGACCAGUUGCAGAUGGACGUCGCUACUCUACGGUAUCAGCUGCUGUUACAGGGGCGGAGCCACAACCAGCAGCCCUCAGAGAACCACGUUGGCAAGGCAACACGCACAGAGGUUGUGGCUACAGAGAGAGGGGUUCAGAUGCCAAAAAUGCAUGAUGAUGGUGAUGUCACUCAUAGAUGUCUGGCCACGGUCUACUCCUACAAGACCAUCCGUCUGGCACAGUCUGCACAGGACCACUUGGGAGAGAAAGAGGGAACAGAUAUGGAGCAGAGUGAACUGAUGAGGGAGAUCGAGUCGCUGGGGUUAGAACUCAGAAGCUCACGAGAAGUACUGAAGAAGACCCAAUCAGAGGCUCAAAGGUGGUACCGUGAGCUGGGUGUGUCUGAGGUCAGACGAGAGGAGGCUGAGAAGAGGGCGGGAAAGGCAGCCAAUGAGGUGAAGGGGAUGAGAGAGGAAACCAAGGAGGUGGAGAAGACAAAGAGGGAAAACCACACACUGAGAGCAGAGUUGGGAGAGGUGAAGAGCAGACUAUUGUGUCUGGAGAGAGAGAAGACCGAUGCUCACUCACUGAGGAUCAAGAUCCAAGAGAAGUUCAGCUUGCUUCAGGCUGAACUCAAAGCCAAGAGUGUUGCUCUGAAGGAGCUGAGUUCAGAGUACACAUCUCUGAAGGGAGAGCAGGGCAGCAGAGAGGACUGGAGCAACACACUCACCUUACUGAGGGUGCGCUAUGAUGACAUCAGAAAUAAGUACAAUGUUCUCCUGAGAAAGAGUCAGACGGAUCUGGACAUAGCUCCUCUAAAGGCCAAGCUGUCAUGCCUGGUGGUGAAGUGCCAGCAGAGGAACAGUCUACUGGUGCAGUUGAUGCGAGCCCUGCGUCGGUAUGGCUGCCUGGACUACAAUCUGACCCAGGAGGCUGAGGACCUGCUUAAUGACACAGCACUGCAGGACUACGCCAGCACCUUCACACCCCCAUCCACUGCAGCUCUGCAGGAGAACACCCACCUUCUCCCACCUGCAGCCUCGGAACGACCAGAGUGCUCACAGACCUCUGCUGCAGCCUCCGCAGCACAGGAGCUGAGUAAAGCUGUGUCUGAAGGCAGUAGGAGGGAACACUUCAGAGUGUGUGUGGCCACAGCAGACUACUGCCCCUCUCCGAACAUGCCUCACACUCUACUGCCAAUGCUGCCCCUUUCUGCGGGUGAAUCAGUCCAAGUCACUGGACUCACAGACAGACAUGGGAUGUACCAUGCCGAGGUGAAAGGGGAGUCUGGCCUGGUCCCUGCCCGUUUCUUAGAGGAGAAUGGGAGACCACUCAUCCUGACUUCCCCCUCGCCAGAGAGAUGUGCCAGUCUGACUAGGAAGCUGACCAGUCCAGGGAAGAUAAUCAACCUUCACCAGCAGUUGCAGAACACUCUCUCCAACAGCUACCAGGUUUUCCCUUCCAAGACCAUCCCCCAGGUUUACUCCAGUCCCCCUCCAGGACAGGGGUACUCCCCAGGAUACCCCAACCACAACCCUGCUGCCCCCAACCGACCCAAGCAUACCCUUGUAGCAACUACCCCUAUUAUUACUAGUACUAGUCUCCUAUCUGCCACUGCCCCCACUAAAACUACCAGUGAUGGUGCUACCUCUUCAAAGCAGACCCCAAACAGAGCACAUCCAACUACCAGCACUCCUAUCUACACCACCACUACUGCCCUUAGCAGUGGUAAAGAACCCCUCUCUAAAACUGUCUCUGCUGCUGCUACCUCCAAUGUUACAACCCCUGUUAAUACCCCUCCUACCACUGUGGCCCGGACUGUUAAAGCACAGACUACCACUGCCUUGUGGAGCACUGCCCCCACCAAAUCUGCCCCUCCACCUAUUACCGCUGGAACUACAGCCACCACCAAAAUGGCCCCCAUCACUACUACUCUUCCCCUUGCUGAGUUGUCACGACUGCCUGAUGAGGAUCAUUGCAUCAAGAAGCCCCUCUCCAACCUCCAGCCUGAACAAGCUAAACCACCCAAACCCAGAGCUAUACCAGAACCUCCAGCUGAGGUGAGCUCUGUUGAGGUCAUCAGGACGGUGGGACAGAGCAGCCUCAUGAUUGGUUGGGAGAGACCGCCACUGGAUGAGCUGGGCUGCAGCAACAGAACCUUUGUGUAUGGAUACAUGAUCUAUGUGGAAGGGGAGUUCCACAAGUCUGUCAUGAGCUCUGCAUGCACGAAGUGUAUUCUGGAGAAUCUGGAUCUGUCCGGCCCAGUCCACAUCAGUGUUCAGACCCUGGGAUCCAACGGUCUCUAUGCAGAGAAGGUCCACCUCAUCUACAGGGGAAAACGCACCCAGUUUAGGACAGAUCACACCCGUGUCAACACAGCUUCUGCUGCUCCCUGCACAGACCCUGCCUACCGAGACUGCAGGACUCCGCCCACACACCGACACAAUGGCUCCACCCAACCACUUGUGGCCAUCUACAACUACAACCCUCUGAAGGACAGUCCUAACCUCCACCCCAGCAGAGAGCUGACCCUGAGAGAGGGAGACACCGUCAUGCUGCUAGGCAACCCACGCAACGACGGCUUCUGUCAGGCCGAGGUGAAUGGCAGACGAGGUCUGGCUCCUGUGGCGUUACUAGAGGAAGUUCCUGUUCCAGACAGACAUGUAAGCCCCGCCCCUCCCCAAUCUUCUCCUGAGAGAGGAGCAGAUGAUAGGCCACUGUGCCUGCCAAACAGAGAGAGAACAAGAUGGGCUUCAGUGACUGUCAAUCAGUGAGAGAACAAGAUGAUGGGCCACUGUGGCUGCCAAUCAAAGAAUGCUUACCUGCAGAGAGAUUAUAGUGGACAGAGUUAAUGACAUCGUCAAACACUACCUGCUUGUGACACAAACAUUCAUAACCGCUCGCUGCCCAAAGUAAUUUGAAAUGGAAGGCUACAGUAGAGCAUCAGCCUAAAUGUGGGAAGUUGUGUGGCCCAGUUCGACAUUGUGCUUCGAUGGACAGUUCCUUAUAGCCUACAUAAUACUCACUGAGAUUGUCGAAUCACCACUAACUGUCACCUCUAUCAAAAUGAUCUCUAAUCACCUCUAUCAAAAUCCCCACUGUUCUGUGUGUUAUCUCUCAUGGACAGACGCACGUAAUAUAGCUGGUAUUGUAGUGUCUGUCAACAGACUGUGGGAUGCGACGACUAUCAAGGAACUUGAUCAGUGAUUUUUCAUCACUGAUAAUUUUGGACAAAUCACGAUUUCGCAUCUUUCGAAUUUCGGAAGGGGAGGGGGACCUUUGGCCCAUAGACUUGCCUGUAACUUGCAAAGGUGGGUGGAGCUACUGCCCUGCUUCCGCUGCUUGCUCUAGUCUCUUUUCAAACACAUCUUCCCCGAGAAAAGAAUUGAGUAUCUAACUAAAUUAUGCAAAAUUGUAAUUCUGGGUUUCUGGGUUUUGACAAGUGUCAAAGGUUGGCCUAAUGGAUCUGACAACCUGUCUUAUAUCAAGUGCAUUCAUGGUAAUAAAGCUAGGCCAUUUUACUGGAUCCUUUAUCAAGCCAAAUAGGGUAAAAAGAGGUCCAUACCAAAGACUUGGAUAUUUCAGUUCUUUGUCGUUAUACACUGAACAAAAAUAUAAAUGCAAAAUGUAAUGUGUUGGUCCAAUGUUUCAUGAGUUGAAAUGAAAGAUCCUGGAAAUGUUCCAUUCACAUAAAAAAAUAAUAUCUCUCUAGUUUGGUGCAGAAAUGUGUUUUACAUCCCUGUUAGUGAGCAUUUCCCUUUUGGCAAGAUAAUCCAUCCACCUGGCAGGUGUGGCAUAUCAAGAAGAUGAUUAAACAGCAUGGUCAUUACACAGGUGCACCUUGUGCAAGGGACAAUAAAAGGCCACACUAAAAUGUGCAGUGUUGUCACACAACGCAAUGCCACAGAUGUCUCAAGUUUUGAGGGAGCGUGCAAUUGGCAUGCGGACUGCAGGAAUGACCACCAGAGCUGUUUCCAGAGAAUUUGAUGUUUAAUUUCUCAACCAUAAGCCACCUCCAACAUUGUUUUAGAGAAUUUGGCGUGCGGUUUGCUGAUGUCAAUGUUGGAGGGUUAUGGUAUGGCGGUGGGAUUAUGGUAUGGGCAGGUGGCGGUGGUGUUAUAGUAUGGGCAGGCAUAAGCUAUGGACAACGAACACAAGUGCAUUUUAUCUAUGGCAAUUUGAAUGCACAGAGAUACCGUGAUGAGAUCCUGAGGCCCAUUGUCGUGCCAUUCAUCCGCUGCCAUCACCUCAUGUUUCAGCAUAAUAAUGCACAGCCCCAUGACGCAACGAUCUGUACACAAUUCCUGGAAGUUGGAAAUGUCCCAGUUCUUACAUGACCUGCAUACUCACCAGACAUGUCACCCGUUGACCAUGUUUGGGAUGCUCUGGAUUGACGUGCACCACAGUGUGUUCCAGUUCUCGCCAAUAUCCAGCGACUUUGCACAGCCAUUGAAGAGGAGUGGGACAACAUUUCACAGGCCACAAUCAACAGCCUGAUCAACUCUAUGCAAAGGAGAUGUGUCACGCUGCACGAGGCAAAUAAUGGUCACACUGGUUUUCUGAUCCACUCCGCUACUUUUUUAGGUAUCUGUAUUCUCGGUCAUGUAAAAUAAAUAGAUUAGGGCCUAAAUAAUUUAUUUCAAUUGACUGAUUUCCUAAUAUGAACUGUAACUCUGUAAAAUCAUAGAAAAUGUUGCGUGCUGCAUUUCUAUUUUUGUUUAGUGUAUUUACAAAAGCCAAUCAUGGUUGAUCAUGGUUGAUCAUCGAAUCAGGAAUUUGAUUGAGGUCUGAGAUGUUCGACUGUAGAAUCGAAUCACUCGAUGAAGUCAAGUCAUUCAGAUGGAUAGAAAUUUGUCACGGAUAUAUAUUUUUUGAGAUGAUUAAAGAACCGGAGGUAUGCCAUUGGGAUGAACAGUACUGUAUGGGUGCCUGUGGGUAUCAGUCUCCUUUCAUUUCCUCAGUCUCUGUCUACAGUCUAACUGAAGUUAAUAACCUUUUACUUUUCUGUUCUGAUCUGAAAUGGAGAAAAUACAUUCUGUGUGAGACACAUGACUACUACAUACUUGUCCCUCCUCUGAUUGUGGGAACGGCCAUGGGGCCACAAAUGUAUUUCUGUAUCACUCUGUGCAUAUGUCGUCAUUUGAUUUCCUAAUGAUUUCUUUAGACUGUAUGAAGAGAAUAAAUGUUUAGAUGACAUCAGA